AUGUAAGUGGAAGCGCGCGUAAUAAAAGGAAUUUUUAAUUUACCGGCGCGCCAGCCAUGCAUAUACAUGUAGUCAAUGCACGUGCGCUGCAUAGCUAUAGAAGUAUAGAGCAAUAUUGCAUAUUGACUUGCGUAUAUCUACCAUAUCAUAACCUUGUUCAUUGAAUGAGUGAUAUCUACAUGUGAUUAAGCAGCUGUGGAUGGAACUCAAGACCACCUUUAUAUUAAGACUUUGUGUAUAUUGCCAAGCCACAUCUAGAUCAACUGAUCAACUUUGUUCUGAACAAAUUAAUUACGGAGUUAUACCCUUGAGGCAUGACUGAUAAAGUUCUUGUGAUUGGUAGUGGAGGGAGGGAGCACUGUCUGGCAUGGAAGCUAGCCCAGUCAUCGCAAGUAGCCCAGGUCCUGGUUGCCCCAGGAAAUGCGGGGACAGCCAACAGUGAGAAAAUUACAAAUAUGGGACCAGAUGUUCCAACAGGUAACUACCCCGCCCUAGCCUCCUGGUGCCAAGAAAACUGCAUCAGUCUGGUGGUGGUGGGACCUGAAGCGCCUCUUGCUGCAGGAAUCGCAGACGACCUCGCCGAGGCAGGCAUCCCGUGCUUUGGCCCCUCGAGGGCAGCAGCCGAGAUCGAAUCCAGCAAGGUCUUUGCCAAGAGCUUCAUGGAUAAUUGCAAGAUUCCAACUGCUAGGUGGAAGAGUUUCACAGAGGUGGAGGAAGCCUGUAAACACAUUAAUACCGCCCCCUAUAAAGCCUUGGUAGUUAAGGCCAAUGGGUUGGCCGCUGGUAAAGGAGUAGUCGUUGCUUCAAGUACAGAAGAAGCUUGUGAUGCUGUCAGGAACAUUAUAAAGGAUAAAUUAUUUGGUGCUGCAGGAGAAAGCGUCAUCAUAGAAGAACUCUUGGAAGGUGAAGAAGUUUCAGUUCUGGCAUUUUGUGAUGGUAGCCAUUUUGAGUCGAUGCUUCCAGCACAGGAUCACAAACGGGUUGGAGAAGGAGACCAUGGUCCUAAUACAGGUGGAAUGGGAGCAUACUGUCCUUGCCCACAGGUGUCAAGGCAGGUUAUUCAGCAGAUAGAUGAAGAGAUCAUUCAGAGAGCAGUAGAUGGAAUGAAGGAGCAAGGGAGGCCAUACAAAGGAGUCCUGUAUGCGGGCCUGAUGAUCACCAAAGACGGCCCAAGUGUUCUGGAGUUCAACUGUCGCUUCGGAGACCCUGAAACCCAGGUCGUUCUGCCGUUACUGAAGAGUGAUCUCUAUGCUACCAUGAAGGCCUGUGUGACCGGAGACCUGCCCAAGGCCAAGCCAAGUUUCCAUGACGACAGAUGCUGCGUGGCAAUCGUUCAGGCCAGUGGUGGCUACCCAGCAUCGUACAAGAAAGGCUAUGAGAUUUCAGGAUUGGAUGAGAUAGCCAGCCAACCGGACAUGAUGGUCAUCCACGCAGGCACUGCCGUCAAGGAUGGGAAGGUCGUGACCUCAGGUGGGCGUGUCCUAGCAGUGGUAGCCUCGGCAAGGGAUCUGGUGACAGCAGCCGCCAUGGCCAAUAAGGGGGCAAAGACAGUCAAGUUUGAGGGAAGCUUUCACAGAACGGAUAUAGCAAAAAGAGCAUGUGACUUCCUAACUGGUAACAGAUCAUCAGGUUUAACAUACAGUGGCAGUGGAGUUGACAUCACAGCUGGUAAUUCACUAGUCCAAGCUAUCAAACCUCUAGCCAAAGCCACGGCCAGACCAGGAUGUGAUGCCGCCCUUGGUGGUUUCGGGGGACUCUUUGAUGUGAGAGCUGCUGGCUACAAGGACCCUAUCCUAGUAUCGGGUACUGACGGCGUCGGCACAAAAUUGAAGAUCGCUCAAGCCUGCAACCUUCAUCAGACGAUAGGCCAAGACCUGGUUGCCAUGUGUGUCAAUGAUAUCCUAGCACACGGAGCAGAGUCUCUCUUCUUCUUAGACUACUUCUCAUGUGGGAAACUAGAAGUGGGCGUGGCAAGGGACGUGGUGGGAGGCGUGGCCAAGGGGUGUAAGAUGGCUGGCUGUGCCCUGCUUGGUGGUGAAACCGCUGAGAUGCCUGGCAUGUACGCACCAAACGAGUACGACCUUGCAGGGUUUGCCGUGGGGGCAGUAGAGAGGGGUCACAUGCUUCCGAGGGUAGAUGAGAUUCAAGCAGGUGAUGUCAUCCUGGGCGUGGCAUCGUCUGGUAUCCAUAGCAACGGCUACAGUCUGGUGAGGAGGUUGGUCGAGCAGGAGGGACUGGACUUCAAGGAUCCUUGUCCUUUUAGAGAUGGAACCACUUUGGGUGAAGCACUGUUGACCCCAACUAGAAUCUACUCCAAGACCCUACUCCCUGCCAUCCGCUCAGGCUGCGUCAAGGCCUUUGCACACAUCACCGGUGGGGGGCUUUUGGAGAACAUCCCCAGGAUAAUGCCCGGUUCCAUGGCUGUCCAAUUAGAUGCCUCCAAAUGGGAGAUUCCAUCGGUGUUUGGGUGGAUCUCACAUCAUGGAGGGGUGGAGGAGAUGGAGAUGGCCAGGACGUUUAACUGCGGUGUUGGGGGCGUCCUGGUGGUGAGAUCGGAAGAUGAGGGCGCUGUCUUAGAGAUGGUGAGACAGAGUGGAGAGACGGCAUGGAAGAUUGGUCAGGUGAUGCCGAAAUGUGGAGAUGGUGCAGGAGUAUCAAUCUCCAACCUUUCCUCAUCCCUGGCUCGAUCAUACUCCCCUGCUAUGAAUGGUAUCCAAGAAGGCGGAGCUGAGAGGAAGAUGAGAGUAGCUGUUCUCAUCUCAGGCACAGGUACAAAUCUUCAGGCCCUUAUCAACCACACCAAGGAUCCAAAGAAAGUGUCUAGAGCUGAGAUCUGUCUUGUCAUCUCUAAUAUUCCUGAUGUAUUAGGAUUAGAGAGAGCAAAGAAAGCUGGUAUACCAACAAAGGUUAUAUGUCACAAGGGCCUAAGCAGAGUAGAUUUUGACAUGAAAGUCCACGACACUCUCCAAGCAGCUAACAUAGAGUUCAUAUGCCUUGCCGGUUUUAUGCGUAUUCUCAGUGGAGAGUUUGUCAACCGAUGGCACGGAAGACUCAUCAACAUUCAUCCCUCCCUCCUGCCAUCCUUCAAGGGAAUGAAUGCCCACAAAAUGGUCUUAGAGGCUGGAGUGAGACUAUCAGGAUGUUCGGUUCAUUAUGUAGUGGAAGAGGUAGAUGCUGGAGCCAUAUUGGUCCAGGAAUCCGUCCCUGUGUUGCCAGGGGAUACGGAACCAACCCUACAGGAGCGUGUGAAGACAGCAGAACAUGUCGCGUACCCUCGCGCUCUGGAACUGAUCGCAAGGGGUCAGGCCUCACUGGGGACAGAGGGAAAAGUUGUUUGGAAGUUGGAUUCAUAGCGGGAUUGUUUUUUGCGACGAUGGGGAAACAUUGUUUGAACUUUGAACCGUAACAGGAUUGUCACCGCUAAGGUGGUAUGAACUGCUUUCAAGAACACUCCUUGACAUCACCUGUACGUAGGUCACCGAUAUUGCUCCAUCAAAAGGACAUUUUGACAGAUGGAACUUGUUUGACUUUUUGUGUGACAAUUACUGCUUGCUCAUUGGAGCAAUUUUUUUCUUCAGGCAAAUGGAUGUUAUUAUUAGAUUAAAUUUGUACUUUUGAUCAUAAAAUGUUGUCUUUAUAGAUAAGUUUAACAAACUUUGUAUUUUGAAUGCAAGGAGAUUUUUCUUUUGUUGACACAUUUUCUCUGAUGAUUGAAUAAUAGAAAAUACUUGUAAUUUUACUUAUGAAUUUCUUCUGGUCAUUCCAAUGAAGUGAAUAAUGUAUUCAUGACACAUUUUUAAUGUUGCCUAACAUCUUUAUGGGAUAUGGAAAGUUUUCACAAAAAACUUGCACAGUGUGCUUGUUUUAGAAUUCAAUUUAAUUUGAUUUAAUAAUGGCUUAAAAAAAAAAAUCUUUAGACAACGGACAAAGGCUGAAUUAGUCUAUGAAAUACUUUUGUGAAACAAAUUUCUCAUUGCUUUAUGAAAAUGAAUUAAAUUAUUUUUUUACUGCUAUACAACAUGAAAUGUAUGUCUUGUCAGCUGAAUUGGAUUUAUUAUGGUUUGUAUCUUAUUUGUUUUUGUAUUGUAGAUGGUAAACUGAAAUAUGUAAUAAGAGGCAGUAGGAUAAUAUAUUUAUGUCCUUUUUUCAAACAAAAUAUGGAAUAUUUGGCCUUUUAAUUAUCAUGGGGAUAUAUGACAUUGGUCCUUUACGAAUUGGCCAGAAAAAUUGAGUCAUCUACUUGCUAUCAAAGAUGGUAUGAAAUCAUGGCUUAUAAGUCCAUUUAUCUUUUACUUUUAAUCAAAUCACUAAGCUAUUCAAUAUAGAGAAUGUUUUCUAUGCCAACCAGUGCCAUCAGUGGCAGAAGGAAGGCAGGAAGUGGUUUUAAAGUCUUGUUGGUUUUCGUAAAUCUCCCUUAAUACAUGUGUCCUAUUCUCCUGAAGAUGACAAGAACACACUUGUCGAAAUGUCAAGUUUGGGUGGUCCACAAAAGAAUACAUGGUGUACCGUGAAACCCACUACACUCAUGCCCCCUAAAACGGUUAUGGUGUGAAAGAUAUAAACUAGAAAUGUGUUUUAUUGGAUAAAUUUACCAAUUUUACAACAAAAUUUAAUUCAAUCGGGUGUCCAAUCAAAAUAGAAUAUCCGCAAUUCUGCAUAUUUUUGUCCUGUUUAUAUAAAACACUUGCAUGGAAUGGGCCGUAAAUUUCAGGAUCUUAUCUAUGUCAGUAGCUCUCUAUCCAUGUACUAAAUAUGUAGAAAUUAGUGCUUGAACCAACUUAUCAUCAGGGUUGAAAUUCCCCUUUACUCGGGACUUCUCUUGUGGGAGAGGUAAAAACAACCGUUAAAGUUAUGUUAUCAAAGAAAAAUGUCACCUUUGCAUGUUAAGAACCCACUGCACUAUUCUUAUAAGAGUAGGGGGAAACCCCGGUGUAGUGGUCCACCUGCACUCCCCCCAAUCAGUUAUAUCGGGAGGAGAGACUUGCGGGUCAUAGUGAUUCAGUUCGCUUUUCGCCUCCCAGGCACAGGUGACGCCAAAACAAAUAAUGAUAAUAAUAACCUGAACUUUUUUUUUCUCGUCUCAUCCAUGUACUUUUGUGAUGCACAACAAACUAUAUAGUUCAUUUCUGAUCAUUUUUUGGUGAUCCUGAAAUCUUACAGCGUACUGUAAAUCAAUUUGUAGGGUAAAUUACCAUUUGGUCUACUAUCACUUCCUCUACUUACUGUGUGGUCUCAACCUACAUACAUGUACUUGAAUCCUCUUUUGUUGAAUCAUGUGUUCUAAUUUGCUAUUUAGCCUAUGUUUACCUUUUUUCCUGGCUUUCUCCAUUUUAUCUCUUAACGCAGUCAAGUGAUUUUCAUUUGACAAAUUGUAAAAUAUUUAGAAGACAGAUCUGGGCAUAAACUAAACAACGGGUUGUCCAAGCGAGUAUUGAACCAACAGAUGGUGAGACUAAAUGGUAAUUAGACCAAAUUUAUAGUAGACCAAGUGGAUUUAGCACCAUGAUACAUAGGUGCAUUAAAAUCAACAUUCCGAGAAGACAUUUUCUUCCACGAACCGGUCUUUAUUGCCCUUUGUGGUUCAGUGAUUUGGCGUUCAAUGCACAAUUUUUUUUUUUUCAUGUUUUUGGGUUUUUUUUUCUUCUUCAUUGCAUUUCUCAAGUAGACAGUCCUUUUUCAAUGUAUUUUUUUUUUGUUUUGUUCAAAAUAGAUAUUGAUACGAAAAUUAGAACUAUUUGAUAUUCAUGGAUGUAUAUAAUUAUUACUUUAUCACUGAACUAUGUUUGACAGAAAUAAGGUAUUUUAUGGUGUUCAAAACACAGUAUCUGUUAUUUUUGUUGUUUUCUGUUCAAGAUAUUACCUAUAUAUAUUGUUUUUGGCUUUUUGCCAAUUCCCAUUAUCAAUGCUGCAUAGAUUUGUACUCGCCAAGGCAGCAAAAUAAGUAAAGCAUUCAUCUUGCUCAUAAAACCAAGACUGAUAUUGUUGUAUUUGCGGAGCUGGUCAGUAUUGCAAUAGAUGUACCCCAAUAACAAGAUGAAAUGAACAUUUCAUUAAUUGAAGAACGCACAAACUUUUGUAUUCAUAAACAUUACUUAUUUCAUUAUAUUACUGAAAUGUUUGCUGAUCUAUUUUAGCGAGGAUAUUGUUUCUCCUUUACCAGAUAUAUUGCCCUUGUCAGUGGCAAAUACUUGGAGUUAGUUCCUUCCAAUUUUGUGUGCUGGUUUUGUCCAAUUUCUUGCAAAGAACAUAAUUUCAGUGUACAUUUUUCUGUCCAUUUUUCCAUUUGUUUCAAGAAAUAAAUAAAAUACAUAAAUUUCUUACUGAA